AUGCUUUUGUCCUUUAUUCACUUUUCUUCCUAUUUCUCAUUCUUUUUCUCUCUUUUAUGCCUUCUCUUUUUCUCUAUUUCAGGUCUUUCUUUCUUUCUUUCUUUCUUUCUUUCUUUCUUUCUUUCGCUUUCACUUUCUGUUGAUUUCUACUUUUGGAACUUUCUCUCCUUCUUUCUCUCUGUUGCUUUUUCUUUUUGUAUCUCUUUCUAUCUUUUUCUGUCAGUAAUGUCUUCUUCUUCUUCUUCUUCUUCUUCCCUCUGUAGCUGUCUCCAUCUCCCCCUUUUCUGUCAUCGGUGCCUUUUCUUCUCUUUGUCCUUUCUUUCUUUCUUUCUCUCUUUUUUUCUUCUUUCUUUCUUUCUUUCUAUACUUCUCUGUCUCUUUUUUUCUUUCUCUUUUUCUUUCUCGCUUUUUAACUUCUUUUCGCUUUCACUUUUUUUUUGCCCACUCUUUCUGUCAUUGGCGUCUCCCAUUCUUUUCUUCCCUUCCCUGUGGUUUACUUUUCUUCGCAAAAUUUCUCUUUCUUUCUUUCUUUCUUUCUUUCUUUCUUUCUUUCUUUUUUUUUUUUUCUUUCUUUCUUUCUUUUUCUUUUGUUCGUUUUCUUUUUCCUUUCUUUCUUUUGCUUUUUUUUCGUUCUUUCGUUCGUUCGUUCUUUCUUUCUUUCUUUCGUUCUUUCUUUCGUUCUUUCUUUCUUUCGUUCUUUCGUUCUUUCGUUCUUUCACUCUUUCUUUCUUUCUUUCGUUCGUUCUUUCUUUCUUUCUUUCUUUCUUUCGUUCUUUCACUCUUUCUUUCUUUCGUUCGUUCAUUCUUUCUUUCUUUCUUUCUUUCUUUCUUUCUUUCUUUAAUCCUCCAAUAGUUUUCUCAUUCUAUCUCUCUUUUUUACAGGCUAUUUCUUUCUUUCUUUCUUUCUUUCUUUCUUUCUUUCUUUCAGCUUCCAAUAAUUUUCUCAUUUUAUCUCUCUUUUUACAGGCUUUUUGUUUGUUUGUUUCUUUCUUUCUUUCUUUCUUUCUUACAUUCUUUCUUUCUUUCUUUCUUUCUUUCUUUCUUUCUUUACCUCUUCUUUCUUUCUCUUCUUCUCUUUUUCUUUCUGCUUUUUUCUCUCUUUUUGCCUUCUCUCUUGACGACCUUUCUAUUUUUCUUCUUCUCUCUACUCUUUUUCUCAUUCUUGAAUUUUUUCAUUUAUGUUAUUUCAUUUAUCUUGUCUCAAAUGUUUCUUCAUUCCUUUUCAUCAACUCUUUUCUUUCUUUCACGCUUCCUAUCUUUCUUUCUUUUCUCUUUCUUUUUUCUUUCACUCUUUCUUUCUUUUCUCUUUCUUUUUUCUUUCACUCUUUCUUUCUUUUCUCUUUCUUUCUUUCUUUCUGUCUCUCUUUCUUUCUUUCUUCCUUUCUUUCUUUCACUCUUUCUUUCUUUCUUUCUUUUCUCUUUCUUUCCUUCUUUCUUUUUCUUUCUUUCUUCUUCCUUUCUUCCUCUAUUUCUUUCUUUUUUUCUUUCUUUCUUUCUUUCUCUCUUUCUUCCUUUCUUUCUUUCUUCCUCUCUUUCUUCCUCUCUUUCUUUCUUUCUUUCUUUCUUUCUUUUCUCUUUCUUUCUUUCUUUCUUUCUUUCUUUCUUUCUUUUUCUUUUUCUUUCUUUUCUCUUUCUUUCUUUCUUUCUUUCUUUCUUUCUUCCUCUCUUUCUUUCUUUUCUCUUUCUUCCUCUCUUUCUUUCUUUCUUUCUUUCUUUUUUCUUCUUUUUUCUUUUACUCAUUUCUUUCUUUUCUUUUCUUUCUUUCUUUUCUUUUCUUCUUCUCUUUUCUUUCUUUCUUUCUUUCUUUCUCUUUUUCUUUCUUUUCUUUUCUUUUCUUUAUUUCUUUCUUUUCUUUCUUUCUUUUCUUUUCUUUCUUCCUUUCUUUCUUUCUUUCUUCCUUUCUUUCUUUCCUCUUUCUUUCUUCCUCUUUUCUUUCUUUCUUUUCUUUCUUUCUUUCUUCCUUUUUCUUUUACUUUUUUUUUUCACUCUUUCUUUUUUCUUUCUUUCUUUUUUUUUCUUUCUUUCUUUUUCUCUUUCCUUCUUUUCUCUUUUUUUCUUUCUUUCUUUCCUCUCUUUCUUUCUUUUUUCUUUUUCAUUUCUCUUCUUUCUUCUUUCUUUCUUUCUUUCUUUCUUUCUUUCCUUUUUUCUUUCUUUCUUUCACUUUUCUUUCUUUUUUUCUUUUUUCUUUCUUUUUUUUCUUCCUCUCUUUAUUUUUUUUUUUCUUUCUUUUCUUUCUUUCUUUUUUCUUCCUUUCUUUUCUUUUUUCUUCCCUUUUUUCUUUUCUUUCUUUCUUUUCUUCCUCUCUUUCUUUCUUUUUCUUCCUUUUCUUUCUUCCUUUCUUUUUUUUCUUUCUUACUUUUCUCUUUCUUACUUUUCUCUUUCUUUUCUUUCUUUCACUCUUUCUUUCUUUUCUCUGUCUUUAUUUCUUUCUUUUCUCUUUCCUUCUUUUCUCUUUCUUUCUUUCUUUCUUUCUUUCUUUUCUCUUUCUUUCUUUAUUUCUGUCUUUCUUUCUUUCUUCCUCUCUUUCUUUCUUUUUUUUCUUUCUUUCUUAUCAACCUCUUUAAUUUUCCCAAUUUGCUCUUCCACCAUUUUUUUAUCCCAUUCCUCUUGCUGAACUUUCUUUUCGGCAUUCACGUCCAGUUUUCCUUGGAACUUCGUUUUCCUCUUUCUCCAUUUUAA